AUGGAUUUCUACGUUAGAGACGACACCAGGAUGAACCCGAAUGCCCUUCAAAAUGUCACUGUUAAAGGACAAACAACGUCAUCCGUUACCUUGACGAUCACGUCACCGUCAUCAGGAUCUGUGGAUUAUUACAAUGUGACGUUUACUAACGCGGACGGACAAAGCAAGACACAGAGUACACCAAACAAUGAUACGUCAUAUACAGUAGAUAAUCUCACAGCGGGACACAGAUAUACCUUCUCAGUGGUGUCCGUGUAUCAGGAUCUGACCAGUACACCGUCUACAGAUGUAUCAACGUCCACAGUUCCAAACAUACCCUCUGCCUUAGCGGUAACUUACAGAACAACGACCAGUGUGACCUUGACCGUUACUCCUGGUAACGGGGGGCAUGAUGGGUACCGCGUCACGUACGUAGGUGAUGGUAUCAAUAGAAACCGUACCUUCCCAAACAAAAAAAUUAAUCGCCCGACCCUAGUGAUUGGCAAUCUAACAUCAGGAACGACCUUCACCUUCAACGUGUUCACUCGGGCCAAUGGGCUGGAGAGCGAAAGUUACUAUGGAACUCAGGCCUCAACAAACCCGAAUGCCCUUCAAAAUGUCACUGUUAAAGGACAAACAACGUCAUCCGUUACCUUGACGAUCACGUCACCGUCAUCAGGAUCUGUGGAUUAUUACAAUGUGACGUUUACUAACGCGGACGGACAAAGCAAGACACAGAGUACAACAAACAAUGAUACGUCAUAUACAGUAGAUAAUCUCACAGCGGGACACAGAUAUACCUUCUCAGUGGUGUCCGUGUAUCAGAAUCUGACCAGUACACCGUCUAGAGAUGUAUCAACGUCCACAGUUCCAAACAGACCAACUGCCUUAGCGGUAACUAAUAGGACACCGACCAGUGUGACCUUGACCGUUACUCCUGGUUACGGGGGUCGUGACGGGUACCGUGUCUCGUAUAAUGGCGGUGAUAACCACGGUAACCGUACCUUCACUAAUAUCACAAACGAUACCCCGACCCUAGUGAUUAGUAGUUUAACAUCAGGAACGACCUUCACCUUCAACGUGUUUACUCGGGCCAAUGGGCUGGAGUGCGAAGAUUUCUAUGGAAUUCAGGCCUCAACAAACCCGAAUGCCCUUGAAAAUGUCACUGUAAAUAACCAAACAACGUCAUCCGUUACCUUGACGAUCACGUCACCGUCAUCAGGAUCUGUGGAUUAUUACAAUGUGACGUUUACUGACGCGGACGGACAAAGUGAGACACGGAGUACACCAAACAAUGAUACGUCAUAUACAGUAGAUAAUCUCACAGCGGGACACGGAUAUACCUUCUCAGUGGUGUCCGUGUAUCAGGGUCUGACCAGUACACCGUAUCUAGGCGUAUCAACAUCCACAGUCCCGAAUCCCCCUGGAAAUGUCACUGUAAAUAACCAAACAAUGUCAUCCGUUACCUUGGCGAUCACGGCACCGUCAUCAGGAUCUGUGGAUUAUUACAAUGUGACGUUUACUGGCGCGGACGGACAAAGCAAGACACGGAGUACACUAAACAAUGAUACGUCAUAUACAGUAGAUAAUCUCACAGCGGGACACGGAUAUACCUUCUCAGUGGUGUCCGUGUAUCAGGGUCUGACCAGUACACCGUCUACAGAUGUAUCAACGUCCACAGUGCCGGCUGUCCCAGAAAUGAGCGGUUAUUCUACGACAAACAACACAAUAACAGUUACUUUAACAUCCAAUGGAAGUGUUGAUGGGUACAUCGCCAGUGAAUAUUGUGUCAGUAGUGAUGACAUCCGUCCCAGUGUCAGUACGACCACAACAGCCGUAACAAUAACUGGUCUCAAUCCGGGCUCCACCUGUGACCUUACUGUGGUCGCUGUGUUUACUGGACUCAACAGCUCUGUCGCGUACUUCUCAGGUCUCAGCGUCAAUGAAUCAAAUCCCGGUCCAGUCGGAAACCUUUCCGCCCAAACAUUGUCCUCUACAGCCAUUAGUGUGACGUGGAACAAACCAUCACAGUCAAAUGGUAACAUCACACAGUACAGUGUCUAUGUCACGGAUCACGAGGGGAGAUGUGUACAUCUUCUACAGCUGUGUACGACCCAGUGUACGGCUACACAGCCACCCCGGACGUGUGACAUUACCCGGAGUAACACAUUCACCGACGACCAGACAGAUUUUAAUGAGACCAUUGAUGGUUUGUUGGCGUAUAUACGGUACACGUUCACUGUGUACGCCUACACUCUCGCCGGGCAGGGGGCCGAAUCGUCCACGGCAUCCAACACCAGCCAAUCAGAACCUCACUAUAUCACUGAUUUAGUAAAGGAGAACACUACAUCAUCAACAAUAACUAUUUCCUUCCACGAACCGGAACCAAGCACUGGCCCAAUAACACGGUACCAAGUCCGGUAUGUUUACAAGGAACGGGUUUGUAAGGACGGGCUAAGUAACGGUGACGAUAUAACACAGAACACCAGCUGUAUCCCCUCAAGUGGACGGACUGUCUGCUCCAUACACCACCUCUACCCCUACUGGAACUACAGUAUCAGUGUAAGGGCGUACACCAUUAUAGGACCCGGUAACUGGAGUGACCCCUUACUACAGAGACCUGACGAGGAUAAACCGACUGUUAUCGAUGUUGAUAGUCUCCAUCCCACACUGGUCACAGCCGGCAGUGUCACUCUGGAGUGGUCUGCCCCUUGUCCCCCUAACGGUGUUAUCGGUAACUACCUCAUACACUGGAAUACGUCAUCAACUAUCAACACAUCAGAUAGUUCCAUGUCCUACACAAUACCGGGUCUACAGCCAUACAGGAACUAUACGUAUCAGGUCGCCGCUGUGACGGGGGCCGGGGUAGGGAGUUACACCUCAGUAAAAACCGUCACGACUUUAACUGAUGUGCCACAUAAACCGUCUGAGGUUAAUGCGUCUACAGUUAACUCUACACGGAUUUCUGUGACAUGGAAUAAGCCAGACUUGAAAACAGGACCAACCAGCUACACGGCUACGGCAAUAGACGAAAACACACAGAAGAGUACGUCUUCCUGUACUACAACGGGGUUUGAGAGUACCACGUGUAUGAUAGGAAAUCUUGAUGAAUACUGGAAUUACACCAUUGUCGUCAUAGCGACAACAGUGAAUGGAUCUGUUAAUUCUUCCAACAACAAGACUGUCACAACUGCCCAGGCUGAUACUGUACUUUGGUGGGGUAAAUUUUGGUUUCUUAUCCUCCGUUAUACGUCUACACCGACAGUACCUGGAAACGUGACAGAUCUCCACGUGAGUGUCGAGUCGGACGUCACCAAGGCGCGGACAGUAAAUGUGACGUGUAAUCCACCUGUUGUCAGGGACCUGAACGGUAAAAUCACCGGAUACACACUGGAAUGGGGAUAUAAUAAAGCAAGCCAGGUCUUCGCUUCAACGAGUGUCGGAAAUGGUUUAGAAUCGUCAAAGCAUCAUGACAUUCCGUCUGGAGCUCCACUGAUAAAACCUAACAGCCAAGCGAGUAUCAAGCUUGGCUCAUCCUCAGCAGUCAGCGAUCCCGAGAAACAGUUCCGGGUCGAUUUUGAUGUGAACUUGGUGUGUAACAAGGAGAACGGAAUCAUCACUGACCACUAUGUGUUCGUGUCCGAGGCGGACGAGUCUAACACUGGAGAGGCUGGAAAACCUUUUCAAGGAACUAAAGUCAGCUUUACCAACAAGAGAUUGAACAUUUACCGAACCUGGUCGGCCGUCAAAGACGCAGACAGCAUCACUCCUUAUAUAGCGUCAAGGUCAUGGCAUCCCUGUCCGAACGGUAAAUAUACGUUUUAA